GAUCACCACACCUUCGCUACGGACUCUUUCCAUCUGUUCCCCCAACAUAUUAAGACCAAGCAACAAACGUUCCUUCUGUCACCGUCACAAUGGCUCCUAUCGAUAUGGCUAUUCCCUUUGCCGAAGCCCUCCAGAGGCUCGAAAACCGUCGCGUCAAGUCUACGCGACCGCUCAUUCCUCCUCAAAUCCUCCAGGAGGACCUUCCGUUGACCCUUUCUGCUGCUCAGACUGUUUUGGAAGGCCGAAAGGCAACAGAAAAUAUUCUCCGUGGCUCCGAUGACCGUCUUAUCGUUGUUGUUGGCCCAUGCUCAGUUCAUAAUAUCGAAGCUGCCACGGAGUACGCUCAUAAACUCCAUGCGUAUGCUGUUGGUGCGAAGGAAGACCUACAUAUUAUCAUGCGUGUCUACUUCGAGAAGCCCCGGACGACUGUUGGUUGGAAAGGAUUGAUCAAUGACCCCGACAUGAACGGUUCCUACCAGAUCAACCGAGGCCUCAGAAUGGCUCGCACACUCCUCCUCGACGUCGCCAAGCUCGGUCUUCCGGCUGGCUGCGAAUUCCUUGAUACCAUCAGUCCACAGUACACCGCCGACCUGGUCUCCUGGGGCGCCAUUGGCGCACGAACCACCGAAUCCCAAGUCCACCGCGAACUCACCUCCGCCCUCUCCAUGCCCACCGGCUUCAAAAACUCCACCGACGGAGGCGUAGGCGUCGCCAUCGACGCCUGCAGAGCUGCGAAGAGCGGACACGUCUUCCUUUCUGUUGGUAAGGAGGGUCUGAGCUCGAUUGUCGAGACGGAGGGAAAUCCGGACGUUCACGUUAUUUUGAGGGGCGGGUCGAAGGGGCCGAAUUAUGCGGCGGAGUAUGUGAGGGAGGCGGGGGAGAAACUCGUCAAGGCGGGAUUGCCUGCGAAACUCAUGAUCGACUGCAGUCACGGCAACAGCUCGAAGCAGCACCGCCGCCAGAUCGACGUCGCCGAGGAUAUCGCACAACAACUUGAAUCCGCCGAUACCUCCUCCAUGAUCAUGGGCGUCAUGCUCGAGUCCAACCUCGUCGAAGGCCGACAAGACAUCCCUCCCUCUGGCCGUGCAGGCCUCAAAUGGGGCCAAUCCGUGACCGACGCUUGUAUCUCGUGGGAGAUGACGGUGCCGGUGCUCGAUAGGCUGAGGGAGGGCGUCAGGGGAAGGAGGAAUGCGGUUUGGAAGGCGGCGAGCGAGGCGCAGGCGGCUACUGCGUGAUGCAGAACCGAGGCAUGUGAGAGGGGCAAAAUACAACCGGGAGGAGAGGAGUGUGGGUGUAUGUAGGAUUCGAUUUUUUGAUGUCUUGUUCGUGGUGUACUGUAGUGUAUUUUAUCGGAAGCUGCAGUAUGAGGAAGUCCUCUUACGAUAUAAAACGUGUCGAGGUCCCAUAGAUGCUACUCAUUCUUCUCACUUUCGUUAACGC